AUGGCAGAACCUCAGCCAGAACAAACACAACCAGUCGUCUCGGAGACACUUCCUGAGCAGCCAAUGACCGUGAACCAAAAUGAGUCACCAGAAGUUUCUGAGCCGGGAACUGCCACCACUACCACAGACAUUGAAACUGAACCUGUAACGCAAGAAUCCGAAAAUAACGAACCGGCCGUUACGCCGGCUAACGCCUCAAAAGGUGGUAGAGAAACAUCCGACAGAAUCCUGUAUGUGGGCAAUCUAGACCUGGCCGUCACGGAGGGCAUGCUCAGACAGUACUUUCAAGUGGGUGGUCCAAUUUCCAACGUCAAAAUAUUAAUGGAUAAAAACAACAAAGAGGCCAAUUACGCGUUUGUCGAGUUUGAAAAGCCUCACGACGCCAACGUGGCCUUUGAAACAUUAGACGGAAAGCAGAUCGAAAACAAUGUUGUCAAAAUUAACUGGGCUUUCCAAUCGCAACAGGUCUCUUCGGAUGAUACUUUCAACCUGUUUGUAGGCGACCUCAGCGUCGAUGUCGACGACGAAACUCUUGCCAACACUUUCAAAGACUUUGCAAGCUUCAUUCAAGCGCACGUUAUGUGGGACAUGCAAACUGGGAGAUCCAGAGGCUAUGGGUUCGUAUCGUUUGGCGAGCAGAGCCAGGCCCAGAAGGCCAUGGAACACAAUCAGGGCGCCGUAGUGAAUGGUAGAGCUAUUCGUAUCAACUGGGCCUCGAAACGUGAGCAUAACACCAACAACAAUCACAACAGUCACAACAACAACAACGCGUAUCCAGUAAACAGUCGGGGAACUGGCCCCCGCCGUGGCGGGUUCCGUGGUGGCAACCAAUACAGAGGCCCCAUGGUUCCAAUGGGUAUGCCCCCCACCCAUGGUGGUCCCAUGGGCGCUAUGGGAAUGCCUUCCCAUGCUAUGCCACAACCUCAAGGACCAGUUAUGCUGCCUCAGGUACCACCUCAAGCGGUGGAGGCAAUGGUGAGAAGCGCACCUCUUAGAAUCACCACAGUGUACAUCGGCAAUAUCCCUCAUUUUGCAUCCGAACAAGAUUUGAUUCCCUUGUUGCAGAAUUUCGGCUUCAUUGUGGACUUCAAACACUACGCCGAAAGAGGCUGUUGUUUUGUGAAAUAUGGAACCCACGAACAGGCGGCCGUGUGCAUAUUAUCCUUAGGAAACUUCCCCUUCCAAGGUAGAAAUCUGAGAACGGGUUGGGGCAAAGAAAAGCCAACUUAUAUCCCUCAGCCCCGCCCUGACGCAAUGGGCUUCCCAGUGGGACAAGGUGUGCCUGAACAAGACGGUUCUUUCCAGACUCAAGAGCAGCCGAUGAGCAUGGCUUCCGUGCCAGACCAAAACGAAUCCCAGUGA